UUUCUCGCGAAACUGAAAAGAAACCCUAGCUCUCGUCCGUCUCUCGCGGUUUUUGAAAAAAACAAAAAAAGCAAAAUUGAAAUCGAAAUUUAUCGGUGAAUUUCAAUCCCAAAUUCACAAUUAGAUUAGGGUUUUUGUUCGAAGAGGUGAGAUUCAAACCCUAACUCAUGAUCCGUGGUGGUGAUCCUCGCGAUUUGGGGGCGGAAUCAACUGCUCUGCGGUGUGUCGGUUGAGAUCUGGAAAAAGCGUUCCGAUAUGUAUGAUGGAAUGUGAAAAUUUGGGAAUUUGGUACUGUACUGCCGAUUGUUCAUGGAAGAUAGAGAAGGGAACUCACAUGGCGCUGCAAUUCCCAAAAAAUCGAGAUCUUUGGAUCUGAAGAGUUUGUAUAAAUCAAAAGUUACAAACGAGGCCCCUGAGAAGAACCUAAAGAGGAAAGGGAGUAAUCAUGGUGGGGGUGGCGAUGAGAAGAGGAGCAAGAAAAAGAGGAGUAGAAAGGAACUGCCUCUAAGCAGCCUAGAAAAUGCUGAUGGUUGCAUCAAGAAGGUUGUUGAUGAAGAAUCUCACAAAGGGCCUGGCUCCAGUAGGCAGGAUUUGUGUGAACAUAAGUUGGAGGCCAAGCAGGGAUUGAGUAGCAGUAGUGGGAUUAAUAGACAUUCACUAAUUCUCAGUGACGGUCCUGUAUGUAUUCCAAAGCGAAAGAGGGAUUUUGUGGGGCGGAAGAAAUUUGAAGUUCGUCAAGCACCGAGCCCGGCAGGUCAGCCAAGUGGUAGAAGUUGCAAUGGCGAUCAGUUGCCUAAGUUAAGCAUUGAUGAUUUGGACAGGGGGGUUGAGUCUUCAAAGACUAAACAGAAGGAUGUUGAUGAGAUUAAGGAAAGUAGGAGUUGUGAUUCAAAUUCUGUGCAGCAUUUCAAGGGUAAGGAGGAGAGUGCCUGUCAUUCUGCUGUAAAUAGUGGUGAUUCCUCUUUAAAGAGGCCACGGAGGAAGGAUAGGAAGCGAAAGGCUUUGGCUUCAGAUAGAAUUAGGGUUGCCAAGGAGGCUGAGCCUCUAAUAGAUAGCAGUAAAAUAUCUGAUCAUUUGCGGGAGGAUGAUGAGGCAAAUCUUGAGGAGAAUGCAGCAAGGAUGCUAUCUUCACGGUUUGAUCCAAACUGUACUGGUCUGUCCUUUUUGCUGCCUUCUAGUAGAAAUAUUAGUAGUCAUGGAUCAAAGUCUCCAGGUUCAGAAUCAGCGUCAGUUGAUACUGCCAAUAGAGUCUUGAGACCAAGGAAACUGGACAAAGAGAAGGGUAGUUCCAGGAAGAGGCGUCACUUCUAUGAAAUUUUGUUAGGUGAUUUGGAUCCGGACUGGGUAUUGAACCAGAGAAUUAAGGUUUUUUGGCCGUUGGACCAGAGUUGGUACUAUGGCCUUGUUGAUGGCUAUGACAAAGAAAGUAAGCUUCACCAUAUCAAAUAUGAUGAUCGGGACCAAGAAUGGGUUAACCUUCAAACUGAGAGGUUCAAACUCCUUUUAUUUCCUAGUGAAGUUCGAAGAGAAGCAGGGGAAAAAAGAACAGUAAAGAAAAGUAUGGAUUCUGAUGCACAAAAAGGGAGCAAGUCCAGAAAAGAAAGGCAAGUAAGAGAUGAUAUUACAGAGGAUGAUAGCUGUGGAGAAAACUGUAUGGACACAGAGCCUAUAAUCUCAUGGUUGGCUCGAUCUUCUCAUCGGGUUAAAUCUUCUGCUUUGCAUGGUAUUAAAAAACAUAGGUCCUCUGGUCCUCUUCCAGGUACAGCCUCAUCCUUUUAUGAUGAACCCGUAAAAGUACAGGGAUGCUCAACCAAGAGUUACUUGAGAGAGGGUAAAGGUAGUAUCUCCAGUGGUUCUGUUUCACAUGAUAAAUUAGGUGACAAUCUUGGGAAGAAGUCCUCAUUGCAAAGUGCCAAUUGCCACAAAGAUGGCAAACAGCCUAUUGUCUAUGUUAGGACAAGGCGUAGGCCAACAUCAAAAUCCCCUCUUGUCCCUAAAGAGAUGCAUGCUAAUAUAAAUGCUUCUUGUUCCAUUGUCAGAGAACCAUUUGACAGGAGUGUUGAGACUAAGGGUCCAUUGCGGUUGACAUAUUCAGAAGGAGUAACUAAACUUUGGUUGGACACAGGGUCAGCAGCAUUCAAAUUCGACUUCAAUUUUCCAAUACGCUCGGUGCUGAAUGACUCGUUUAGAUCUGACAAUUUGUGGCUGGUCCGUGCUGUUCUGCUGCUUCGUUAUGGAACAGUUAUAACCAUGUGGCCAAGAGUUCAUUUGGAGAUGCUUUUUGUUGAUAAUGUGUUUGGGCUUAGGUUCCUGUUGUUUGAAGGAUGCUCAAAGAUGGCUGCGGCAUUUGUCUUUUGGGUCCUCAGGGUGUUUAACCAACCUGUCGAUCAGGGGGAAUAUAUUGACUUGGAGUUGCCAGUUACAUCGAUCAGAUUCAGGUUUUCAAGUGUUCAUGUCAUUAAAAAGCCACUUGUAUUUGCUUUUUACAAUUUCUCAAGAGUGGAGAAUUCAAAGUGGAUGUACUUGGAUUCAAAGCUUAAGAAACAUUGCUUACUCAGUAAGCAGCUCCAUCUCUCUGAAUGCACGUAUGAUAACAUCCAGGCACUUCAAAAUGGAACAAGUGGGCAUCCUGUUACAGCCAUCAGUGGGCAGCCAUCCACAGUAAAGAUCAUGCGAAAGAGGACUAGACCGGGGAUUAAUAUUAUGGGUGUUUCUAGAGAGUUCACUCGGGUUGACACCCAUCAGUCUUCUGAUGCCGGAAAGAGGAAGGUUUUUCCUUUUUCUCUUUCUUUUGCUGCUGCACCCACAUUUUUUCUCAGUUUGCAUCUUAAGUUGCUGAUGGAGCAGUCAGUAGCUCAUAUAAGCUUUUGUGAUAAAGCCUUGGUAGAUGCUCAGGAAGACUCUGGUCUGAAGACAGAUGGUUGCUCUGAAAGGAGGGAAGAGUUUAAUUUAGACAAAGUUAUGAUGACUUCAUCAAAGGAUGUUGUGUGUGAUGGAUUGGUUUGUGCCAAGUCCAAUCCGAUAAUUUGUGCAUCUGAUUGCAGUGGUGGAAUUCUUUCUCAAAAUCAACAGAAUAUCGGUCUUAGUGAUGAUAGAACUUCUGGUUGUAAUGUUCCAGAGAGGCCAGCUGCUAUUCAGUUACCAAGGUGGCAAUCCGAUCAUUCUGAUGUGUGCACUUUGCCUUCAAGUUCUUUACCUGAUGAGGUUAAAGCUGAUGAUGGCUGCUCACUGUCUCCUACUUCUUUAACUGCUGAUGUUAAAGCUAAUGAUGGUUCUCAUUCAUUUCGCGGUAAUCUCAGUGUUAAAAUUCCUUCAGUUGAUCAUUUUGAGAAAUCUGUCGAUGGUGAUUUACAUUAUGCUCAGCACUCUUCUGAUUUUUCUUGGAAUAUAAAUGGAGGUGUCAUUCAAAGCCCCAAUCCAACUGCUCCCCGAAGUUCUUGGCAUCAAAACAAAACUAAUUCCACAUUGGGAUUCAAGUCACAUGGAUGGUCCGAUGGGAAGGUUGAUUCUCUUCAAAAUGGCUUUAGUAAUGGACCAAAGAAGCCACGGACACAAGUAUCUUAUUCAGUUCCUUUUGCUGGGUAUGAUUUUGGCUCGAGGCAUAGGGGUCAUCAGAAAGGGCUACCGCACAAGAGGAUUAGGAAAGCUAAUGACAAGAAGCCAUCAGAUGUUGCUAGAGGUCCUGAAAAGAAUUUGGAGUCCUUAUCUUGUGAUGCAAAUGUCUUGAUUACCCUUGGGGAUAAAGGGUGGAGAGAAUAUGGUGCCCAGGUUGUUUUAGAGCUGUUUGACCAUAAUGAGUGGAAACUUUCUGUAAAACUUGCAGGAGUUACUAGGUACUCAUACAAAGCACAUCAGUUUCUGCAAACUGGAUCAACUAAUCGCUAUACACAUGCUAUGAUGUGGAAAGGAGGGAAAGAUUGGGUCUUAGAAUUUCCUGAUAGGAGUCAGUGGGCUCUUUUCAAAGAGAUGCAUGAGGAAUGUUACAACCGUAACAUCCGUGCGGCUUCAGUUAAAAAUAUACCUAUUCCAGGUGUUAUCUUGAUUGAAGAAAAUGAUGGUCAUGAAUCUGAAGCUAGUUUUGUUCGGAGUUCUAAAUAUUUUCGCCAAGUUGAAACAGAUGUUGAUAUGGCCCUGAAUUCAUCGAAUGUCCUGUAUGAUAUGGACAGUGAGGAUGAACAGUGGAUUUUGACACUGCAAAAUUCUGAAAAAGACAAUUAUAGCAUGGAUGGGAUCUCGGAGGAAAUAUUUGAGAAGACAAUAGACAGGUUUGAAAAGGCUGCAUAUGCUCAGAAGCAAGACCAGUUUACACCUAUUGAAAUAGAAGAACUCAUGGUUGAUGUUGCAACGAUGCCUAUAGCCAAAACCAUUUAUGAAUAUUGGCAGCAGAAAAGGCAGAAGAGAGGAAUGGCUUUGAUACGGCAUUUUCAGCCACCUCAAUGGGAAAGAUACCAUCAACAAUUGAGAGAGUGGGAAGUAGCCAUGAGCAAGAAUAACAUCCCUCAUUCUAAUGGAUGCCUGGACAAGUUUGCACCUUUGGAGAAGCCUCCCAUGUUUGCUUUCUGUUUGAAACCAAGGGGUUUGGAAGUACCGAACAAGGGAUCAAAACAACGUUCACAAAAGAGAAUUUCAGUGUCAGGGCAUGCAAACAGUAUUAUGUAUGAACAUGACGGUUUCCACACUCCUGGAAGGAGAUUGAAUGGAUUUGCAUUUGGUGAUGAAAGGAUUUCUUAUCCAGGCCACAAUUAUGAUUCUUUGGAUGAUUCCCCAUUGCCUCAGAGCUCACUGAGGGGAUUCUCACCACGUGAUGCUGGCAGCGUGAGAUAUUAUUUUAUGAACCAUGGUGGGUUUGACAGGAAAUAUACACCUAAACAUCACCGGAACAAGCCAAGGAAUAUGUAUCAUAAUGAUUCACACAUGAUUUCUGAUAGUCCGAGAUUAUCGGGGUCAGGGAAGAGAAAUGGGGUUAAUCAAUGGAACAUGGGCUAUUAUGACAUGAUGGGUCACAGGAAGUACCCAAUGGAUGGCCCUCAAGGGCAUGACUUUGAACAAUUAGAUGGUUCAGAUCUUGAUGAGUUUAAAUUGCGUGAUGCCUCAGGUGCUGCUCGGCAUGCACAUAACAUGGCCAGAUUAAAGAGAGAGAGGGCUCAAAGACUGCUUUACAGAGCAGAUCUAGCAAUUCACCGGGCCGUUGCUGCUCUCAUGACUGCUGAAGCGAUAAAAGCUUCGGAGGACUCAAAUGGUGAUGGGUAGAUUGCGUACUAUUACAGCUUCAUGGAUCUCUUCAGUGUGCCACUGAGCUGCAUUAGAGGUGAGGAGGCUCAGCAGUGAUGUCGGCUAGAUGCGACACUGGUUCGGAAGUGCUUUGGCCUCCUCUCGUUAUCCAUGGACUCCAUACUGAGCUCCAAAUAAUGAGGGGAAAUCAUUGAGGGGAAGAAUUUUUUGUGCAACUCUCUUGCACUGUUGAGUAGCACCUUAUUCAGUUUGAGGGUUCUACUUAGUUCAGGGUAAUUGUUGCAGUUGAUCUUCCUAGUAUGGGUCUAAGGAAUUUUGUGCAGAUUUUUUUUUCUUUUUUUCCCCCCUUCUCUCUUCCCAUAUCCUCAGGUUCCCAAUGUUAAAUAUGAAAAUAGAAAUCGGCAAAUAAUACCACACCUUGAAUGGAAAUCACAGUUCUAUUUCUGUUAUAGAAUUUACAAAAAUGAUUCGCAAAUUAA